AUGAAGUUAAAUGUUUUAUUCAAAGUUUCUGUUUUAGGGUUUUUUACAAUUACCGAUGCUCAUUUUGCAAAUAUGGAUCUUGAUGGAGUUAGUUGUUAUAUUUUAGACGGUAUUGAAGGUACAACUCCUGGUGACGCUAUUGCAAUUAAUUCGACUCAUUGGCAUGAUCAUGACGAUCCUUCCAAAAAAGGUAGUGUUACAGUAGUUACUAGUCAAGAAGAGUAUUUAGAUUUACCUACUCAUCCAAAAAUUGGAAUUGUUUGUUCACCAGAUGAAAUUGAUUUGUCAUCAAUUUAUAUUCCUUAUGCUGAAAUGGAACCAACUGAUGAGGAAUUUUAUCAAAACAAUGCUACAGUUUAUCAAGCAAAUGAAGACCCACAAAGCAGAUUUAGAUUCAAAUGUGUCAUUGAAUUUUGCAGAGGUUCUGAUUAA